UCCAAGCAGAGGAGCAAAAGCACUGUCCAGCUUCCAACAAUGGAGGAGCUAGAAAGCGUCAACACCACCAGCCGGACCCAAUCGGGCCAACCCGAAUCCCAACCCCGAGCCCAGCUCCCCCACUACUGGGGCACCACACCAGAGCAAGAAUACUACAAUCUCCAGGGCAUCAAAUCCUCCAAAUCCUUCUACGCCUCCCCCAGAGGCCUUAAGCUCUUCACCCGCCAAUGGCUCCCCCUCCGCCGUCCACGUGGCAUCAUCUUCAUGGUCCACGGGUACGGCAACGACAUCAGCUGGACCUUCCAAGCCACCCCGAUCUUCCUCGCCCAAAACGGUUUUGCCUGCUUCGCUCUCGACCUCGAGGGCCACGGUGGCUCCGACGGCCUCCGCGCCUUCGUCCCCGACGUUGGCCUCGUGGUCAACGACUGCCUCUCGUUUAUCAAUUUGGUCAAACACCAGGACCCCCAAUUUCAGGGACUCCCCUGUUUCUUAUACGGCGAGUCCAUGGGCGGCGCGAUUUGCCUCCUCAUCCACUUCGCCGCCCCGGAGGCGUUCCAAGGCGCGAUCUUGGCUGCCCCCAUGUGUAAAAUCUCGGAUAAAGUAAAACCCAGAUGGCCGAUUCCGGAAAUUCUGACAUUCGUGGCGAGAUACUUGCCGAGAUUGGCGAUCGUCCCGACCGCCGACCUGAUGCGGAAGUCCGUUAAGGUGGAGGAGAAGAAGAUCGUGGCGGAUAUGAAUCCGUCGAGAUACCGGGGGAAGCCGAGGCUGGGGACGGUGGUGGAACUGCUGAGAGUGACGCAGUACGUGAGCGAGAGAUUGGGGGAUGUGAGUCUUCCGUUUAUUGUGUUGCACGGCAGCGCGGAUGUGGUGACGGACCCGGAGGUGAGCAUGGCGUUGUAUGCGGCGGCGAAGAGCGAGGAUAAGACGUUGAAGAUUUAUGAGGGGAUGAUGCAUUCGCUGCUGUUUGGCGAGACUGAUGAGAAUGUGGAGGUUGUGAGGGGAGAUAUCUUGGGUUGGUUGAAUCAUCGGUGCGGAGGAGGCGGCGGCGGCGGCGAAAGAGAAGAAUGACGUGGGAUUAUUGCAUUAAUGCCUAAUUGUUACUAAUUAUUGAUUGAAAUACUGAAUUUAUAGGUGAACAUGUUUUACUCUCAUGAUUCUGCGUUUUUUUGUGUAUUAUUUGUUCUCUAUGUUAAUUAAGACACGUUCAGAGUUCGAUUCUCAA